GGACUGGAAUUCAGAAAUGGAACCACCUGGCCCUUGGGCACUUUCGCCUGCAUCUCCUACGACAACGAUGGCCACAGCUUGUGGACUGAUUACCGGACAAUCAUUGUCAGUCACAGGUAGAGGUAGGUCAACAUACAGAAUAGUUGCAGAUAUUCAGUGGCACGAAUGGUUAGCGCUUAGCAACGGGUGUGUAUUGCCAGUAAUAACCGCUCCGGAGCAACGUCCCCUUCUCCUUGGUGUCCCAACAAACAGCGGUUUCCUUCUCUUCUCUUCCGUUUCGCGUAUUCUAUUCUGCCAUACCCAACAGCGGUGGGCAUCCAGGAUGGGGACGCUCGGCGCGGCGGCCAUGGCCACGCUCCUAACCGCCGUCGUCCUUCUCACCGUCCACGUGCCGCUGGCCACGGUGGCGACAGACCACGUCGUCGGGGGCUCGAUGUGGUCCAUCCCGCUGCGCGACGACCUGUACAUGGCCUGGUCGAACAACAGGACGUUCUACGCCGGCGACAACCUCGUUUUCAGGUUCCAGAUUGGGUUCUACGACGUGGUGCAGGUGUCCAGGAGGGAGUACGAGGACUGCACCACCGACGACCCCUACAACAACUUCCGCGUCCCGCCCGCCGUCGUCCCGCUCGACUAUAAAGGCGUGCGCUACUACGUCUGCAGCGUCGGCAACUACUGCAAACUUGGCCUCAAGUUCCAUGUCACGAUCCAACAAGGCUAGACUGCUCACCGUUAUGUUACGCUCCACAAAUGACUAUUGUUUCUUAGCAGCACCUUUAUAACCUGUAAAGGACAAAUUAUCAGGCAUCAUCAAUCAGGCCAUUCCAAGCUUGUUGAUUAGCAAACUACAGGCGUUACAUGAAAAUAAAUGUACCAACGAUGUCAUUCAGACAGCAAUGCAACAGACAUUGCACCCAAAUGUGCGUUAUACCGUAGCAUUCCAGACAUUCAAGUCCCCCUAUAUAUCGAAACCAUCACUCUAGCAAAUCCCACAAACAGAAGU